AUGGAGAAUCCUAGGGAGUCUCUUAAGUCUACUACUCAAGAAGUUCAUUUGGCUAUGCCCAAGACCGGCAAGUGGUAUCACUAUUGUCUCUUUGCUUUAGCUGAUGUGGAGGCGAAUUUUCUUGGUGAUAAAAUUAUUGUAGGGCAAGUGAAAUGUUACUACUUGCAUCACAUUCUUGCUGCUGCUGUUGUGGUGGAAAACCGUGGAAGUAUUAUGUUUUGCUUUUUUGUAGUGGUGAAGGCGAAUCAUUCGAUGAAGAUUACUGGUGUGGCUCUCUGUAUCCUUGGUGUUGUUAUGGUAGUCUUCUCUAACGUUCACCGCAGGGAGUCGAGGAGAUGCAUAUUUGAACGUGGUGAGCUCAAAGCUGUUGAGUGGUCAGCUGAGAAUCCACUUCCUUUUCCUAGAUUCGCAGUCUCGAUGUUUCUCUCCUACUCAUUACUCCCGGUUUUGCUCAAGACCAGUGGUUCAGCGAUGUUCACCCUCUCGUUACUCACAUCAGACAUGUGGGCUGUUUUGAUCCGCAUUUUCGCUUAUCAUGAGAAGUUUGAUUGGCUCUACUACCUGGCAUUUGCUACUACAGCUAUUGUUGUGACGGAUGUGAGAAGAUAUAGAUUAGCAGAUGGAUAA